AGACAGUAUCGGUAUGACUAUAGCUACAGCCAGGAAGUGAAUGGUUGGCUGAAACUGCAUUAUGUACCAACAACCUGGCACCAAGCACGAAUGCGGUGUCAUGCCGAAGGCGCUGUCUUGGCUUCACCUCUCAAUGCAUCAUUUCUGCACGCUAUGACCACUAUGAUGUCAACCAACAUAAGUACUACGAAAUGUGGAGUAUUCAGCGGAAUUCAUGCGAUAUUCUAUGAAGGCGUUUAUUCAUCGCUAGAAGGAAUACCACUCAGCAGGAUUCCGGUGCGCUGGGCACCUGAUGAGCCACAUUAUAAUGAGGAUAAUGAAAGUUGCCUACUCCUUCUACCAAAUGGAGACAUGGCAGUCAUUAACACUUCUGAUGUGUACCCAUAUAUAUGCUAUAAGAAGAAAACUAAAAAUGUACUGACAGGAUGUGGCACUUACGAUAGUAAUUACCACCUGGAGCCCAGAACCGGGAGCUGUUACAAAUUUCACAACACAUGCCUCACAUGGCAUAAAGCAUACAUGACGUGUGCUGGUGAAGGUGGACACCUGGCCAUCAUCAACAGCGCUAUUGAAGCUGAAGCACUCAAAGAGCUAUACGCUAAGUAUCCAUCAAACACAAUAAACUGCAGAUUCAAAGAUUCUGCGAUGAUCGGUUUUCUGGACUGGACCCAAGACAGUGUUUGGCUGACUAUACAUGGCGAGACAUUACAAGAAGCAGGUUACUCAAGCUGGAGUAAUGGUGCCCCAGAUAAUGCGACACUGGACAACUUGGGGCAGCAGUGCGGGGCCAUCGUGAGGACUGGCCUGCUGAACGACGUGUGGUGUGCCGCGGUUCCGUUCGCUUUUAUCUGCGAGAAAAGUCCAGACAGCCUACUCUUCGACAACGACUUGGAUUACAUAUAAAUCGAUAAAGUGCUAAAAUCAUAAAAAAAAAUUAAUUUGUAUUAUCCA